UCAUUGGUCUGUUUCUGGACUACACUCACACAAUUUCUCCUGCACCACACUGGUACACACCCUCUCUCUCUCUCACUUCACACUUUUUUUCCCCUCCCUUCCAGCUCAACACAGUCACUCCCUCCCAGUUCUCAUCUGCACCUCGGCCGAGUCGCACGCAGUAGUGAGAGAGGACGCCAAACUGAUGGGCCGACUCCUUUUAAAGAGCAGCCCUGAAGAGGGACAUUAAUGCUGUCCUGAGAGGACGUGAGGAAAGUCCCGAGGGGAGGAAGAACUGACAUCUUCACCCACUUUUGCGCAUCACUUACAUCCAAUCCCAACUUCUUUUUGGUGACACCCCCACAAGACUCCCCACCCAUGUGGGAGGAGGCCCUGUGGACCCGUGGACGCUACCUGCUGGAGAAGAACGAUGUAGGAGAGAGCGGCGAGGGGCCCGACAACCCGGGAGUUGAGGGAUGCCCUGGCUCGCAGGGGUCCGAGGUGUGCGCCGGGGUCGAGAAGCGGCAGGACUGGCUGUACGAGUCCUACUACAGGAUGAGCCAGCAGCAUCCGCUCAUCGUCUUCCUGCUGCUCAUCGUCAUGGGAACCUGCCUGGCGCUGCUGGUGGUCUUCUUCGCCUCAGGGCUGAAAACAGAGGACCACCUGACCUUUGUGAUCACGGUGCCCACGGCCCUAUUCCUUUUCCUGUCCAUCUUCAUCCUCGUCUGCAUCGAGUCGAUCUUCAAGCGUAUGCUCCGCCUCUUCUCCCUCCUUAUAUGGGCGUGUCUAGUGACCAUGGGCUACCUGUUCAUGUUCUCCGGAGGGCCCCUCAGUCCUUGGGACCAGGUCUCCUUCUUCCUGUUCAUCGUUUUUGUGGUCUACACCAUGCUGCCCUUCUCUAUGAAAUGGGCCAUCAUGGCCAGCGCCUUUACCUGUUUGUCACACACCGUCACCCUCAGCAUCUGCUUGGCGUCCACCGCCAAGGACUUGGAAGCACUCGUCUGGCAGAUUCUGGCCAAUGUGAUCAUCUUUACCUGUGGUAACUUAGCGGGGGCGUACCAUAAGCACCUGAUGGAUGUCGCCAUCAAACAGACCUAUCAAGACACCUGCAACUGCAUCAAGUCCCCCAUCAAGCUGGAGUUUGAGAAACACCAGCAGGAGCGGUUGCUCUUGUCGCUGUUGCCGUCUCACAUUGCCCGAGUGAUGAAAGCCGAGAUCAUCCAGCGACUUCAGGGGCCCAAGUUCGGCCGCACCGAGAGUGGCAACAACUUCCACAACCUCUACGUGCAGAGGCACACCAAUGUCAGUAUUCUUUAUGCUGACAUCGUGGGCUUCACCAGGCUGGCCACUGAUUGCGCUCCAGGGGAACUUGUGCAUGUGCUCAAUGAACUCUUUGGAAAGUUUGACCAGAUCGCAAAGGAAAACGAGUGCAUGCGAAUCAAGAUCCUGGGAGACUGUUAUUACUGCGUUUCUGGUCUGCCGGAAUCCUUGCCUCACCACGCCAGGAACUGUGUGAAGAUGGGCUUGGAUAUGUGUGAGGCCAUCAAGAAGGUUCGAGAUGCCACCAGGGUCGACAUCAACAUGCGCGUGGGCGUUCACUCAGGGAACGUCCUGUGCGGCGUGAUCGGCCUUCGCAAGUGGCAGUACGACGUGUGGUCACAUGACGUGACCCUGGCCAAUCACAUGGAGGCGGGAGGUGUGCCAGGGAGGGUGCACAUUUCUUCGGUGACUCUGGACUACCUGAAGGGCUCCUAUAAGGUAGAGCCAGGAGACGGACAAAGUCGAGACUCUUACCUGAAAGAGCACGGAGUGGUCACCUUCCUGGUCAUCAACCCCAAGACUGAGAAGCACAGCCCUCUGCUAGGCUUGCGCUCUCGCCCGUCUCUUGAUGGCGGCAAGAUGAGGGCGUCCGUCCGGAUGACACGCUACUUGGAGUCGUGGGGCGCCGCCAAGCCCUUUGCUAACCUCCACCACCGUGACAGCAUGACCACAGACAACGACAAGAUCAACACCACUGAUGUUCCGAUGGGUCAGUACCACUUCCAGCGAAGGGAGCGGUCCAAGUCACAGAAAAGGCGGUUUGAGGAAGAACUCAACGAGAGAAUGAUUCGCACCAUAGACGGCAUCAAUUCACAGAAACAGUGGUUGAAGUCAGAGGACAUCCAGCGGAUCUCAUUGUUCUUUCACAACAAAGCCCUGGAGACAGAGUACAGAUCUACAACCUUACCUGCGUUCAAGUACUACGUCACGUGCGCCUGCCUCAUAUUCUCCUGCAUAUUCAUCGUGCAAGUCCUCGUCUUGCCCAAAACUGCAGUGCUGGGGAUAUCCUUCGGCCUGGCCUUCUUGCUAUUGGCUGUCAUCCUGGGUCUUUGCUUUGCUGGUCACGUUCUGCAAGGCCAAAAGGGAUCGGUGUGCUCUUUCCCCUGGUUGAACACUUCCUCCCGCAUCAUCGUCACCAACAAUCCCUGGUUACGAUUGGUCCUCACCAUGACGACCACCGCCCUCAUCCUGGUGAUGGCCGUCUUCAACAUGUUCUUUGUGGAUGAGCGUGGAAGAUCCAUGCAGGAAGUCUCCCCUGAAGCGAUUGUUACCGGUCCCCCGCUGAAUCUAACCAAUGGCACCAUGCCAGAUUUGCAGGCUCAAUCCACGAGAGAAAGCCGAUUUUAUCUACCAUACUUCAUAUACUGCUGUAUUCUUGGCCUGGUGUCGUGCUCGGUGUUCCUGAGAGUCAACUAUGAGCUGAAGAUGGUGGUGAUGCUGGUCGCCUUGGUGAUCUACAACAUCAUCAUUCUCCAGACGCAUGCUCCGCUGCUAGACGGCUUCAGCAAAGCGCUUUAUCCCACCGAAGCUCUGGACAGACCAGGAAUCCUUAAGGACCUUAAAACCAUGGGUUCUGUGUCCCUGUUCAUCUUCUUCAUCACAUUGCUGGUGUUGGCCAGACAGAAUGAAUAUUACUGUAGGUUGGACUUCCUGUGGAGGGACAAAUUCAAGCGGGAGUGUGAGGAAAUUGAGACCAUGGAGAACCUAAACCGAGUCUUACUGGAGAAUGUCCUGCCUGCCCACGUGGCUGAACACUUCCUCGGACGCAACUGGUGGAAGAAUGAGGACCUUUACCAUCAGUCGUACGACUCCGUGUGCGUGAUGUUCGCCUCCAUCCCAGACUUUAAGGAGUUUUACACUGAGUCUGACGUCAACAAGGAAGGACUCGAAUGCCUCCGUCUCCUCAAUGAGAUCAUAGCAGACUUCGAUGAGUUGCUUUCAAAGCCAAAGUUCAGUGGAGUGGAGAAGAUUAAGACCAUCGGGAGUACCUACAUGGCAGCCACCGGACUCAACUUGACGCCAGGACAAGAGUGUGCACAGGAACAUGACAGACAGUACAUGCAUAUAGGCACCAUGGUGGAGUUUGCCUUCGCUUUAGUCGGGAAGCUCGACGUCAUCAAUAAACAUUCCUUUAAUGACUUCCGACUCAGAAUCGGGAUAAAUCAUGGACCAGUCAUUGCUGGGGUCAUCGGGGCCCAGAAACCUCAAUAUGACAUCUGGGGAAACAGCGUGAAUGUGGCCAGUAGGAUGGAGACCACAGGAGUUCUGGGGAAAAUCCAGGUGACGAAAGAAACGAGCGAGAUCUUAUCAACGCUUGGCUACGUGUGCUCAUGUCGAGGCAUAAUCAACGUGAAGGGCAAAGGGGAUCUGAAGACAUACUUUGUUCACACAGAAAUGACCCGAUCCCUGUCACAAGGCACCGUCAUGCCUUGAGUCUUCACAUGGAACACAAAAUUAGACUCAACGCACAAAGUGGCAUUAGCAACCAUUGGUCACGGUCUGGAUGUACAAGUCAUUAGCAGAGGCCCUGGUGUCACACUAUUCAAAGAACUCAGAAGAUCGCACUAUUGUCCGACGUCAUUGGACACCCCUCCCUGGGUGUUUCAUCCAACCCCACCCACCACCACCACCAUCUCUAGAGUUUAGAAGACAGCUCUGAGGGUUGUGGAGUGUGGGAAGGAGAGAUAUUACCGCAGCUGUCAAGGAGCGCAGUCAAGCAUUUAUACAGAAGUAGUGUGGAACUAAUUAGCCAUGCCAGUGUUGUAAGCAGUGCUUCGGAGCCUUGCGCUGAGCAAAGGUGUUCUAUAAAUAGUGUAAACUCAAUGGACAAAAGGAAAGUGAUACACCAAUUAAUUUGGGGGGAAGUUUUGAAUUAAGAGUCAGGGUUGCUGUAAAUCAGCAGAACCAAAACUUGUAAAAGGCCUAAACUGACUGGACAGGAAUUCACUUAUAAAAGUGUGUAACAAAUGGCUGCACUAGCGAUGUUGAGAUUGCAUUUGCACUAUAAACGAGUCAAUAGACAUUUCUACUACAAUGGUACUAGGGUUGCCAACUCCUUGAAAAAAAUAUAAGGGAUACAUCAUUGGUAGACCCGGCCGGCCAGAUAAUCGUCACCCUUUAAUUGUUUAUUGAAUGUGAAAAGUUUUUUUUUCUGUUGUUGUAAUUAUGAUAUUAUUAUAAUUUUUCUCUAAACUGAAUUAAUUAGGUACAUAUUUUAGUUAUAUAAACACAAGAGAAAAAAUAUUAUCAGCAAUGUAUUUUUAAUACAAAAUACAGGGCAAAUAAGUAUUUAGUCAACCACUAAUUGUGCAAGUUCUCCCACUUGAAAAUAUUAGAGAGGCCUGUAAUUGUCAACAUGGGUAAACCUCAACCAUGAGAGACAGAAUGUGGGGGAAAAAAACAGAAAAUCGCAUUGUUUGAUUUUUAAAGAAUUUAUUUGCAAAUCAUGGUGGGAAAAAAGUAUUUGGUCAAUACCAAAAGUUCAUCUCAAUACUUUGUUAUGUACCCUUUGUUGGCAAUAACGGAGGCCAAACGUUUUCUGUAACUCUUCACAAGCUCUUCACACACUGUUGCUGGUAUUUUGGCCCAUUCCUCCAUGCAGAUCUCCUCUAGAGCAGUGAUGUUUUGGGGCUGUUGUUGGGCAACACGGACUUUCAACUCCCUCCACAGAUUUUCUAUUGGGUUGAGAUCUGGAGACUGGCUAGACCACUCCAGGACCUUGAAAUGCUUCUUACGAAGCCACUCCUUUGUUACCCUGGCUGUGUGUUUGGGAUCAUUGUCAUGCUGAAAGACCCUGCCAUGUCUCAUUUUCAAUGCCCUUGCUGAUGGAAGGAGAUUUUCACUCAAAAUCUCUCGAUACAUGGCCCCAUUCAUUCUUUCCUUUACACAGAUCAGUCGUCCUGGUCCCUUUGCAGAAAAACAGCCCCAAAGCAUGAUGUUUCCACCCCCGUGCUUUACAGUGGGUAUGGUGUUCUUCGGUUGCAAUUCAGUAUUCUUUCUCUUCCAAACACGAGAACCUGUGUUUCCACCAAAAAGUUCUAUUUUGGUUUCAUCUGACCAUAACACAUUUUCCCAGUUCUCUUCUGUAUCGUCCAAAUGCUCUCUAGCGAACCCCAGACGGGCCUGGACAUAUACUGGCUUCAGCAGGGGGACACGUCUGGCAGAGCAGGAUUUGAGUCCCUGGCGGCGCAUUGUGUUACUGAUCGUAGCCUUUGUUACUGUCGUCCCAGCUCUCUGUAGGUCAUUCACUAGGUCCCCCCGUGUGGUUCUGGGAUUUUUGCUCACCGUUCUUGUUAUCGUUUUGACGCCACGGGUGAGAUCUUGCAUGGAGCCCCAGAUCGAGGGAGAUUAUCAGUGGUGUUGUAUGUCUUCCAUUUUCUAAUAAUUGCUCCCACAGUUGAUUUGUUUACACCAAGCGUUUUACCUAUUGCAGAUUCAGUCUUCCCAGCCUGGUGCAGGUCUACAAUUUUGUCUCUGGUGUCCUUCGACGGCUCUUUGGUCUUGGCCAUAGUGGAGUUUGGAGUGUGACUGACUGAGCUUGUGGACAGGUGUCUUUUAUACCAAUAAUGAGUUAAAACAGGUGCCAUUAAUACAGGUAACGAGUGGAGCCUCGUUAGACCUCGUUAGAAGAAGACCUGUUUGACAGACAGAAAUCUUGCUUGUUUGUAGGUGACCAAAUACUUAUUUUCCACUCUAAUUUGGAAAUAAAUUCUUUAAAAAUCAAACAAUCUGAUUUUUUUUUCCACAUUGUGUGUCUUAUGGUUGAGGUUUACCUAUGUUGACAAUUACAUGCCUCUCUAAUCUUUUCAAGUAGGAGAACUUGCACAAUUGGUGGUUGACUAGAUACUUAUUUGCCCCACUGUAUACUAGAAUUAAAUCUAUCCUGCUAAAUUUAAAAUGGCAUACCAUAAUUUUCGAACUAUAAGCUGCUACUUCUUUCCUUCAUUUUGAAUCCUACGGCUUAUAGUCCAGUGCCUAUUAUUUGUUGAUUUAUUUGGGUUAAUAGGUCACACUUUAUUUCACAGAAGCGUCAUAAGACUGUCAUAAGACCAUCAUAAUUAUGACAUGCCACUGUCAUGGACAUUAAUGAAUGUCUAUGACAGAUGUCAUUAAGUGUCAUCCAGCAAAUUUUGUAACUAACUCCAUUUAUAUACAGCUCAGAUCUUUUACAUCCAUACAAAAGUGAGAUGAUUUGCCAGAUAACACUGAAGCCCCUUUCACACACUCCAAAACUCUGGUAAUAUUACAGGAUUUAACCACGCAGCAGUUGAAUGGGAAAACUAUUUCCCGCGUUGACUGACACGGAUAUUACGCAGACAUUUCAUGGGUCGCGUCUUAGUAUCAUGUCCGGGACUUUCCUGGGAAGCGGUGUGCAUGAAAGCAGGCUUUAAAUUCCCGGGUCACAGCACGAUGGCUGAUGACGUAAAAAUUAUGGAGGGCCGAUCGUCACUUCCUCUACUACUAUACUUUCACUACUGCGAAAACAAGGUUGUGCUUCAAAGCAAAAAACAACGGAGGGAAGCGUUCAAAGGUUUAUUAAAUACAUAUUUACUACCACCACUAAGAUCUGCACCCACGCGGCUCCACCUGGGCCUGGGCCUGCACCCAAGGCUUCCAUGCGCACCGCAGCCGCCUUCCUACUCGGCGGGGCUUGAGGCGAGGGGCAACUGCCCCGCAAACAAAAAUACACACGAUCGCUGGCUGAAAAGGGGGACUUAUGCAAUGCGUCUAUGAAAGUAAAGCCGAGGAAGAGAGUCCAUCGUCCAUCUUUGGAAAUGUGUUGUUUAUUUUAUUCCUGAUGUUAGGGUCCGCUACUGCGGAAACAAGGUUGUACUUCAAAGCAGAAAACAACGGAGGGAUACGUUCAAUGGUUUAUUAAAUACAAAAAUACACACGAUUGCUGGCUGAAAAGGAGGAAAAACUCCAGGGAUGACAAUAGGUCUACGGCAGAGGUCACGGAACCGCGGACCUCGGUCCGGUUCCGGACCCCCAAGCCGUCUCGACCGGAUCUCAAGCUGUCCGGACUAAUACACGUUGCAACAACAAAAAUCUUUUUUUUCUGCGGGUUUGCAGAGCGGAGGUGGGCAACAAACAAAAACCUUAGCGGUGACGCGCGUGAGCCAGCCAAUGGGAGUGAAGCAUUUGAAAGUUAUUUUUAGAACAGCAUGUCUCACACUCGCUUUCCAGAAUCCGCGGAGUGACAGCCAAAAACUGAGCUGAAUGAAGUUGGAGGAAGAGGCGAAAAGGUGCGGCAAAUGGCGUGCUCAAAAUACGCAAGAUUGAUGCAGAAAACAGAGUGUUUAAGGAGGAGCAGACCAACACAUUUUUGUUCAUUUUACCUGGCGGCAGCACAAGACCGCUAUGCCUCAUCUGUUCAGAGAUGGUGUUCUGCCAAAAUCUGCUACAUCGGCGAAACGUCCUACAUUAGUCGAAUUUGACACCCAAAGUACUACCGUGCGUGCUAAACUUGUUUUGUUUGGAUGCAUACAGGCAGAACGUACUAAAAAUGCCUUAAGAAAAUACUUAAAUGCAGUUAUACCAAAUAAGGACGGUUUAAAUACGCUACAUGACUAAUGUGGUCAACUGCUUCAAAGCUAACACAAAAAAACAAUGGUUAAAAGUAUGAGAGGUUAAUACAUGCAAGAAGUAUUUUUGAGGCAAUGAAAAGGCUCUAAAAAACUAAAUAAAAACAAAAAUAGUGAGUACUCGCCGCUUCUGACCGAUGUGCGCAUGUGUUUGAAUGCUUGCGCAAGCGCGCUGAGCGUUGUGUAGAUGUUUCGCCACAUAGUAAGGAAUGGCCGAACAACGGUAGCGCUUGUAAAAAGCAGCAAUUUGAAAAGGCACUAUGAGACAAAGCACGCAGCUUUUUCGCAAAGUUUCCCUGUGAACUCUGCCAUCCGUUCUCAAAAAAUAGCGGAAUGAAGGGCUCAAUAUGAUCGCUUAAUUAUUUAUAACUAAUUAUUUAUUAUUAAAUAUUAUUUAUUACUUACUAUAAAUUAGUUUUUUAUAUUUUAUUUAAAUUUUUGAAUGUUGUAACUAUCAACAUGGCCACGUAAAGAUACGUUUGUAUUUGGAAAAAAAGAAGCAUUAAAAAUAUUUCCGGACCCGAGAUUGCUGUAAUUUUUUAAUUUCGGACCCAGAGGAUUUUUAAUUCAUGACCCCUGAUACGGGGAUCAAUAAAAUACUAACCUAAGCGGUAGGCAUAGAGCCGAUAAGACAACAAAACAAAGUCAGCGGGAUUCUUCCUUCCACACUUCUCUCUUCACUCAAAUACCAGCACAACGUCGGGGAUUUCAAAACAAGGGUGGCAGACGAACAAGCUAGCAAAUGCACGAAAUUCAAGAGUACGAGGUGUCGAAUGGCGCCCAGCAAGUUAAUAUCUCGGCACCCUUCUCUUGGAUCAACUGGGCCUGAAUACAGUCUUGAUGAGCUUGAAUUGGCUGCAGUUACAACGUCGAGCACGCUCCCACAAAACACGAUUUGACCGACAUUGUGAUAGCCAAUCCCGACCAAAAAUGACGGAAUGUCCAAGUUAUAAAAUCGCGCCAGCAGCCCUCCCCGCACAGAAAGCACCAGUGGGCAGCAUGGGAAAAGUGUGUGAAAGUGUCCAACCCGCGUCAUUCUUGGGACAUCUCUGCAUACAUGAAAGCAAUGACGCGAGUAAAUCCUGCGUCACCUUACAAGGUAAUUUCCCUGGAUAUAUGUGUGAAAAGGGCUUAAAUGACAUCUGUCAUAAGCAUUUAUUAAUGCCCAUUACAGUGUCAUGUCAUAAUUAUGACGGUCUUAUGACAGUCUCAUGAUGCCGCUGUCAAAAAAGUGGUACCGGUUAAUAUCUUUUGGUGUAAAUAUCCCAUCAUACAGUGAGGACAGCUGCAGCUAUAAGUUCGGUGCGGCUUAUCGAUAAACAAAUGCCACUUUAAUGUCAAAUUUGGUGGGUGGCGGCUUAUAGUCAGGUGCACCUUAUCGUGGGAAAAUUACAGUAUUUUAACGCUUUAAGUCCUUAGCCUUUUGGGGGGGUUUGUCCGAUUUUUUUAAAAUGUAUUUUUUUAAAAUAAUAAUUAGUAGGGGUUCUUUUUAUGGUUUUUUUAAAUUGUUUUUACAGUUUAGGUGCGUUGAAAGUUCAUCACUCCAAAUAUAAUGAAUUUGACAACACAAAUAUAAUACAAUUAGUGAAAAUGAAGUAUACAGAGAACAAGAAUACAAAUGAUCCUCAUUCUGAACACGCUUUUUAUUCUCACUUCACUCAAACCUCUUGUCUACCACACUCUUAUGUUGUCUUCCGUUAGUGACAGUACCUCGACCAAUGAGAUGAGUGGGAUUUCGUAUUGUCAUUGAUCCUUUAGCUCAUUGGUCAAAAUGCAGGAUAGGUGGGAGAACUGUAUCAGUAUUUGGUCAUUCUAUAAAUAAGACACUAUUUUCAAGUUUGAUGAUAAUAAGGGUCAAAGCGUGUCACUUGAAAGCUCAAUAAAGGACACGUACUCAUGUUUCUGAAUAGCGGACGAUUCCAUUUUUCAAGGGACAGUUGGCAACCCUAAAUGGUACCGAAACAUAGUUGUAAUAGUGUUACCAUAACACUCAAUCCAAAAUAUUUUCGGUUUCAAUUAAAAUUCAAACAAAGGUGAUAAAUGCAACAAAAUGUUGCUAAUCCCGCUUCCCUUUUAAAUCCUGUAAUGUUGGCCCGACAUUCUCUGACUCUGCUUGUGUUUGCUAAUCUAAUCCAAGGCCAUAUUGCUAACAUUUUGAUGUCAUUUUACCAUUCCAUUUUGGACUAUCAAUGUGGAAGUACCAUCCUCCGAAAUAUGAGUCUUCCCAGAAAAAUUAAAGAUAUACAUUAAUUAGUUAAACAUGGGAAGCUCGCACCAUAUUUCCAUUCAUUUUCACUUCCUGUAAAUGUAAUACAUUUUAACCAUGCAAUGUAUUUAUUGCUUUGUGAGCCAGUUUGCUCACUGUUUUUCCAACUGGAUAUUAGAAAUAGCCUGCUGUCCCAGUGCCAACAAAUUCCCACCCCGACAGGUAGUUUGAAUGUGAAUUAGUGUUAGUUCUAGAGACUGCUUGGAAGUGCCAAUGGCUUGAGAUGGGAAUAGAUUGUUGCUUUUUAUAAUAACCCCCAGGGAGCAAACCAGCUGCACUGUGUGUUCAAAUGUCACCCUGCUGCC